ACAAGUGUGGCAAAUAUUUAGGGACGUAGGGAGUACAUGACUUCGAAAAUUUGCUGCCAAAAGUUAAUUUCAGGAAACGGAGUAGGUCCCGACCGUUAAUUUCCAACCGCAAGUCUAACGCCAGAUGGCCCCACCACACGUUUGCUUACCGCUCACCUGCCAUCAACACCUUCUCGGAAUCUCUCACCGGAAAUUCCAUUCCGGCAAUGCAGAAACCGGACUGUACCAGACCGCGUCGGAUGGAAGCGCCGCCGGCGAGUCACCGUCCCGAGCACCUUAUUAUCUUCCUAUUCGCCCUUCGAGUCUCUGUUCCAACAUUUAAUCGUGCAAUUCCCUUCCGUGAAUUCGCUCGAUUUGAUCGCUCCCGCCCUCGGCUUCGCCUCCGGAACCGCUCCCUACCUGUCGCGGUUGCGCGGCGAUUCGAGGAGUUACGGAGCUCGGCGUGAAGGCUCGGUGUUGGAAAUCGGAGAGUGGACUCUGUUCGCCGCUCCUACGCCGUUUAACAGGUUCGUCAUGCUGCGGUGUCCUUCAAUUUCGUUCGUUGGGGGCCAGUUGAUGGAAACUGUAAAGGAGAGGCUGGUGAAAGAGGGAAGUCAUUUUGUGAGAGUCACUAGUGGCAGGAUUCAGGUUUGGAUGAGCGAUGAUGAGAAAUUUGAUGAGAAGUUGGUUUACCAGAGGCUGUGUAUAAGCAUGGAGGAUGGAGGAGUGGUGUCGUUGGACUGGCCAGCGAAUUUGGACUUGGAGGAGGAGCGUGGAUUGGACACCACCUGCUUGAUUGUUCCAGGGACAGCCAAGGGAAGCAUGGAUGAAGAUGUUAGGGGGCUUGUUUGUGACUGUUUGAAGAGAGGGUUUUUUCCGGUUGUCAUGAAUCCAAGGGGAUGUGCUGGUUCCCCAUUGACAACAGCAAGGCUAUUUACUGCUGCUGACAGCGAUGAUAUCUCCACAACCAUUGAAUUUAUUAAAAAAAUUAGGCCAUGGUCAAUGUUUAUGGGGAUUGGCUGGGGUUACAGCGCAAACAUGUUGACAAAGUACCUGGCUGAAGCUGGAGAAGAAACACCACUCAUGGCUGCUACUUGUAUUGACAACCCUUUUGACCUAGAAGUGGCUACUAGAGCAUCUCCCUACUUAGACCAGAAGCUAACUCCUGGACUGGUCCAUAUUCUGCAAUCUAACAAGGAACUAUUUCAAGGGCGCACAAAAGGUUUUAAUGUUGAAAAGGCUCUUCUAUCAACAUCUAUUCGCGAUUUCGAGAGAGAAAUAUCUAUGGUAUCGUACGGUUUCAAUUCCUUAGAGGAUUUUUAUGUGAAAUCUAGUACAAGAGAUGUUAUUGGGAGAGUUAAGAUUCCUCUUCUCUUCAUUCAGAAUAAUGAUAGGUCUGUUCCAUUAUUCUCUGUUCCACAAAGUUCCAUAGCUCAAAAUCCAUUUACAAGCCAGCUUCUGUGCAAUGAGUUUCCAUUUACAGAAUCCGUGAGAGGUAGAUCAACUAUAUCUUGGUGUCAGAAUCUUGCGAUGGAGUGGAUUGCAGCUGUGGAGCUUGCUCUUUUAAAGGGGCGCCAUCCUCUAUUACAAGAUGUUGAUGUUACUAUAAACCCAUCAAGUGUUCCAGCCAUGUUGAUCAGAUCAUCUGAUGGAAAUGUUGGAGUGAAAAAGCUUUUAAGUCUUCCAGAUUCAGAUUCCUUAAAUGGGCCUGAUCUAGAUCCUUUCAAAAAAACAGUUGAGGAAGGAAAUACUGCAGCAGACCAAAAUACAGGCUUCUUGUUGCACGAGGACAAUGACACAUUAAUGUGUGGUUGUUGCGGUGAGGCCAACUCAGGUGAAGAGCAAGCCAUAAGUCAGGAUGAUAGAGGCCAAGUGCUACAAGCUGCACGGGUGAUUAUGAACAUGCUUGAUAUGACUAUGCCUGACACAUUUACAGAAGAACAGAAGAAUAAGGUCCUGACUGCUGUUUGUCAAGGGGAAACGUUGAUGAAUGCUCUGCAAGGUGCAGUACCUGAAAAUGUCCGUGGAAAGCUUGCCAGUGCUGUAUCUGAAAUUGUUCAUAAUCAAGGUUCUAACCUGAAAUUGGAUCGACUCCUCGCUCUCAAACCCAUUCCUUAUGUAGCAUCUUGGGCAAAAUCAUCAAUCCAGGAGAGGGUUGGAGGAGACUCAAGUCCAGAAACUGAAAAUGAGUACUCUCAUUCUUCAGAUGAGGUGAAGGUGGGAUAUUUGCCAAAUGGCUCUAAUAAGCAUGUAUCUAGUGCAGACAAUCACUCUUCAGAACUAGAAGCAGAAGGAAGAGCUUCAGAAAAUUUGCAAAAAUCAGAUUAUACCUAUGAGCCUCAAUCAGUUAAUAGUUGUUCUGAUAUGGGAAAAGACAUGAUUGAUUUGGUACAUAACAAUGAGAAUACGGAUCUUUCUGUCAAAACUGGUUUGGCUUCUGGUAACAAGGGAAAUGAAUCAAAAACAGCAGUUCCACAAAAGGGUUCAAGCUUGCCUGAAAGGGAGGCUGCCAUUGAGAAGAAUAUGGACUCAGAGAAAUACGAAAUACAACAAGACGAUGGAAAAAAUGAGAUGGUCUUGAAUGAAGAGAGUUCUAGUCAGGCAAAUGAAGAAAAUGUUAUUGAUUCUUCUAGUUGUGAAAAUAGUGCUAAGCCAAACACAAAGGAAAAAGCAACAUCUUCUGCAUCUCUGCCACAGGACCAAGUGAUGGAAAAAAUGGACGUUGACAACAUAAAGAGAGAAGAAAAAUGCAUGCAAACCAAAUCAAACGAAAGUAUAUCAGAUUCACCAGUCCCUAGUGCUUCUCAAGCAUUAGAUGCCUUGACUGAAAUAGAUGAUUCGACCCAGAUGGCAGUUAAUAGUGUGUUUCAUGUUCUGGAGGAUAUGAUUACUCGGUUAGAGGAGGGGAAACACGAUGAAAAUAAAAUGAGAAAUUUAGACAAUAAUCGUGAGUCUGAAGAUGUUGAGGAGAAAUAUAGGUAUCCAGGCAUGCCACCUUCUGAUGCUAUUCCUUCAAAUAACCAAUCACACUAUGUAAACACAACUAAAGAGAGGCAUAUGAUUCAAGAUGAAAGUGGUACAGAAACUAAGCUCUCUGCAGAAAAGAAUGGGGGAAAGAGGGAGAACGUUUUGAAUGCAAAACUCUGUGUGGAGGAUUCAGCCAAGUACUUAAAUGCCAUCUCUCAAAAUGUUCCAAUCUAUUCUAUAAAAGAUUUACAAGGUCAUUCUCUUCACAAAGAAAAGAACCAAAUAUCCAAGUCAAAGGAUAGUCGACAGAAAAUCUUGGAGCAUGCCGAAAAUGAUGCUAAUUCUGACAAAGAUGUCACUUCUCAUGAAGGUGGGCAUUCACAACCAAAACCAAAGGAUAUAGACAUCGAACCAUCUUAUGUAAUUUUAGAUUCUGUGAAGCGGCAUGACAAAAUUGAAAAAUCGAAUGGAAAUGUUGAAACUGGUAAUGCAGAAACGGAAAAGUCGUCUGACAUUAUCAGAAAUAUUAUAGUGGACACAUUAAGAAUUGAAGUAGGCCGAAGGCUGAGUUCUGCUGACAUGGAGGAAAUGGAGACUGAACUUGCUAGAGAUGUGGAGAACAUUGCAAAUGUGGUCUCUAGAGGUGUAGGGUUGGAGGACAUACUUGCAUCGAAUAUGCAAUUCUGGGACUGUGAUUUAGAGACAGUUGGUUCCCUUCAUGGGGAGCAUAUAGUACGAGCCAUCUCUUCUGCUGCUCAGAAUACCACCUAUUUGCAAAGAGUAUUGCCAGUUGGGCUUAUUGUUGGCUCAAGUCUGGCUGCCUUAAGAAAAUCCUUUGAAGUAUCUGCUGUUAAAUAUUAUGGAAAAGACAAUGAAAUGAUCCCUGAUCAAAUAAAUCAACGUACAAACGAUGAAAAAGGAUCUGAUAUUGUGCCUCAUUUGAAUACUAAUCAGAAAUAUGAGCUUGAGAGCUCUGGUCUCAAAGCUGAUACAAGAGUCUAUUCGGAAGCUUUGAGCCAAUCCAAAACUGAUUGUAGAGAUGAUUCUGGAAAUUCAAGCAAAUCUAUCAUGGUUGGAGCUGUUACUGCAGCUUUAGGAGCAUCUGCAUUAAUUGUCCGUCAUCAGGGCGACGAGAUUGGAAUUUCUUCCCAUUGCAAUGAAAAAGAAGAUCCAAACAAGGAUAUUCCCACACUUGAUGAUGUGGAUAAACCCCAGGAUAACAUAGUUACAAGUCUUGCCGAGAAAGCAAUGUCUAUUGCUAGUCCUGUGGUACCCACAAAAGAUGGGGAAGUAGACCAAGAGAGGCUGGUGGCAAUGCUUGCAGAGUUAGGACAGAGGGGUGGACUUUUUAGGUUUAUCGGAAAAUUUGCAUUGCUUUGGGGUGGAUUACGUGGUGCCAUGAGUCUAACCGACAAACUCCUUUCAUUUCUGCACAUUGCUGAACGUCCUUUGUUCCAAAGGAUUUUUGCAUUUAUGUGUAUGGUUCUUGUUUUAUGGUCACCUGUUGCUGUACCUUUGCUACCAACACUUGUGUGUUGCUGGACUACUCAUAGCCCAUCCAAAACUGCAGAACUGGUUUGCAUUGUUGGACUCUAUAUCUCUGUUAUGCUACUAGUUACAAUAUGGGGGAAAAGAAUUCGUGGGUACCGAAAUCCACUUGAACGAUAUGGACUGGAUCUGACUUCAUUGUCACAGGCUCAGGAUUUUAUAAAGGGGUUGGUCGGAGGAGUCAUUCUUGUUUUACUAUAUUAUUCGGUAAACUCCCUAGUCGGAAGUGUCCAUUUCCAUAUGCCAAUCACUUUCCCUCCAUCAUCUUCUGCUGCCCUAGCAUCAUUAAAAAUAUUCCGUCAGAUGGUUUUACUAGCUUUUCAAGGACUUACAACCGCAACUGGGGUUGCAAUGAUCGAGGAGUUGAUUUUCAGAUCAUGGUUGCCUGAUGAAAUUGCUUCUGACCUUGGACACAAUCAAGGAAUAAUCAUUUCGGGACUUGCAUUUUCAGUAUUCCAAAGGUCAGCAUGGGCAGUGCCUGGCCUAUGGAUGUUAUCACUAGCUCUUUCUGGGCUUAGGAAAAGAAAGAAGGGUAGCCUGUCCCUUCCCAUUGGCGUACGUGCAGGGAUAUUGGCUUCAAAUAAUUUCUUGAGGAUGGAAGGCUUUCUGGUUCCUGGAUCCAAGUCUCCACCAUGGCUUACCGGACCAUCCUCUUUUCAACCUUUUAGUGGCGCCACUGGUCUUGCCAUUGCUUUGUUGUUGGCUGUACUGGUCUAUCCAAGAGAUACGAAGAAAAUGUCUAGACCCAUGAAGGAUUAAGCAUGCGAGUAUCGAAUUAAGGUCCGUUUGGUAAAAAGGUAUUUGGCUGAACGCUCGAAUCUACUCAAUUUUCUGAAAUUUUAAGCGUUUGUAAAAAUCAAUUUCAGCCAAAUAAGCAAGUCAAAUGCUAUUAUUCUGCUAUGGCAUGUGAUAAGCAGAGUAAGCUGAUUCAUGCUACCAAAAAGGGCUUUUUAUAUGUGCUCCCUUCGUCCAGAUUUAGUUGUCAACUUGUUCUCGUUUGUCCAAAAUUAGUUUUCUACUAUCUGUAUUCAAUGGAGUAAGGGUAGGGUGGUGCUAAAUCCAGUCCAUUUAUAAGAAAUUGACAACUUUACC